CCAGAAAAGAUAUUUUGAUGUUGAUAUGUUAUUUACAAACGUAAGAGUUCAACUUCAUUGUUAACUGAUGAAAUGUCAUAGGAGGAAUGAUUUAAAUGAAUUUUUUUUAUAUAAAAUGAAUACUAUUUAACUGUCUGUGGUAGCUCAGAACUGCUUUUUCUUUUCUCCUCUGAUGUUGCUUUAGUUUACUUUGAUCAGCUACUAGUUUACUAUGUAACUUCUGUAACAAACGAAAAUAAAAUUUAACAUUUUUACCAAAAAAAAUAAAUCUUACAACCAAAAAAAUUAAAUCUUAUAGUCUUGUAAAAAAUAUUACAAACAAGCAUGCUAAUCGGCAACACAUAACAUUUUUAUUUAAGGGCCUCCCAUAGAACAUAUUUAAGUUUUGAACCAACCAAACGUUAAAGGUACGAGUAUGAUUCACUAGAGAAUCAUCAGAGAACCAGAACUUGAAGCAUGAAAUGGCCUUAUGGGUGCGACUUCUGCGCCGUGUCUACUUUCUUUUACCUCCUAUAGAAAGCAGAAAGCACACCCUUACACACGGUCCGAGCCUGGUCCACACGCACAUUUAUAACUUAUAACAAUGUAAAAAGCAAAAAUGUUUGGUCUAAUUGUAUAAAGAAAAACAAGAUAUUCCGCUAAAUUAAACAAACCAUAGGCGUCGAAAGAAAUUUUGGCAAAAAAAGAGAAUUUCGCCAUUUAUGAGAAGGCAUUUAAUUUUAAAAAUAAAUGCAAUUUUCCUCGAAUCCCAUUAAUCUUACGUACUUAGCACGCACUACAUAUUUUCACCCUGUUUCCAAGUAUUUUUUUUUAGAAACCGUAGAUCAACAAGAUGGAAAGAAAUGAAAUCGUGUUUCCAAUGUGGUGUCAUUCGUGUCAGGACCUUCUGAUUCUAACCAAACUUCACAAAAAGGUACAUAGUAUAGGCCUUGCGAAAUAAUUUAACUUUCUAAAAGAAAAAAACGAACAUUUCCAAAAGCAUUUAUUUCAAAAUAUAUUAUUACCAAAAUAACUCGCAUGGUUUUUAGGGUUGCCCUUUUUUGAUAUAAACCACCCAUAUACAUAUAUAUAUAAGGUAUUUCACUUCUUCCUCCAAGCUCCAUCACCACUUCUCUUGACCUUACUUUCUCUCUUAUUGUCAUCUCGUGAGCAUUUGCUCCCUCAUCGUCGUGAUGGUGCUCUCCCAUGCUGCAUCGGAUUCGGACGUUUCUGUCCACUCCACAUUCGCAUCACGAUACGUCCGAACUUCGCUACCUAGGUUCAGGAUGCCAGAAAACUCGAUUCCAAAAGAAGCUGCUUAUCAGAUCAUUAAUGACGAGCUUAUGCUUGAUGGUAAUCCAAGGCUAAACUUGGCCUCCUUCGUGACGACGUGGAUGGAGCCUGAGUGUGAUAAGCUCAUCAUGGCCUCAAUUAACAAGAACUACGUCGACAUGGACGAGUACCCUGUCACCACCGAACUCCAGAACCGAUGUGUGAACAUGAUUGCACAUCUAUUCAACGCACCGUUAGGUGAGACGGAGACGGCCGUUGGAGUAGGGACCGUUGGAUCAUCGGAGGCCAUAAUGUUGGCCGGGUUGGCCUUCAAGCGAAAAUGGCAGAACAAGCGCAGGGCCGAAGGCAAACCCUUUGACAAACCCAACAUUGUCACUGGAGCCAAUGUUCAAGUGUGCUGGGAGAAAUUUGCUAGGUACUUUGAGGUUGAGCUUAAGGAAGUGAAACUACGUGAAGGGUAUUAUGUGAUGGACCCAGAGCAAGCUGUUGAGAUGGUCGAUGAGAACACUAUAUGUGUUGCGGCUAUUCUUGGUUCCACUCUUAAUGGAGAAUUUGAAGAUGUCAAACUCUUGAAUGAUCUCUUGGUCCUGAAGAACAAAGAAACUGGAUUGGAUAUACCGAUCCAUGUGGAUGCAGCAAGUGGAGGAUUCAUAGCACCGUUUUUGUAUCCGGAACUGGAAUGGGACUUUAGACUGCCACAGGUCAAGAGUAUAAAUGUGAGUGGUCACAAGUAUGGACUUGUGUACGCUGGAAUUGGUUGGGUGGUCUGGAGAAACAAAGAGGAUUUGCCUGAUGAACUCAUCUUCCAUAUCAACUAUCUUGGUGCUGACCAACCCACUUUCACACUCAACUUCUCCAAAGGUAACGUACUUCGCCACUUCAGUAUUACUAUUAGUAGCUCACUCCAGAAUCUAUAA